CUAAAGAAAAUGGCGUCCGAAACGAAAGGGAGAGUAAUCGUACGAAGUGUUACCUUGCUGCUGUUUUUGCAUGUAUGUCAGGUAGCGUCUUACUACGAAACAGUAAGCAUGGGCAAUGAUUGGGACGGUGAUUGCGGCACAAGGAUAGUAUAUGGAGAAGAGCGUCAUCAGGGUGGAGAGAUCGAAGCGUUGCGUCACACGUCAUGGGAAUGCAAGGUCUCUAUCGUCACGGACGUAAACCAGCUAAUUCACCUGCGAUUUGAUAGGUUCCACGUGUAUUCUGAAGACGACGACUGUCGCAAACAUUAUCUGAAGAUAUACGACGGAGACUUCACUGAUACGUAUGCCAGUCUACUAACCAGUGUAAAUGGCCUGUGCACAACGGCUGAUUCAUAUGGUUUGCCCUUACCAAUAUUGUCAACGGGGCGUGCAGUGACAUUGGUUCUAUAUAGAGAACCAACUGAGCAGACUACAGACUUUAGGAUUAUAUAUUCUGCCGUGAAAAAACAUGAUGAUAUGAAUUGUUUCUGGUGUGCAGUUAACACAAGCCUGUGCUACGACUCUACGUUGAAAUGUGAUCACAUGGAGAAUUGUGAAGACGGCUCAGACGAGACAAACUGCAAUGAAGUAGUUAUACCACCAGGCUCUGGUAAAAGUAAAGAAGGUCUCUCAACAACUGCCCUCGCCGUUGUUAUUGUUGUCGUUAUAUGCAUUGUGGUUAUUGGUAUUGUCAUCGGUUUCUGUUGUUUCUUUGAACAAAAGAAGAAGAAAAAGAAGGCGGCAGAAUCAAAUGUUGCAGGGGAACCUAAAACUUAUGCCGUUGAAGCAGAGAGUUUUCAUACAAGUCACGACCCGGAGUAUGCAAACUUACCUGAGCCGCCUGCCUACCAACCUGCCUACACACCACUAGGCAAGAAAUACCAAAGACAACCUCUAUCAAAUGAUUAUGCUUCCAAAUGGGACUCUGAGAAAGUUGGUUAUCACAAUCAGCAUCCUUCCGUAGGUUGCGAUGAACGACACGAAGAAUACCCUAAUCAGCAUUUUUCACCAGAUUACUUAUCCCACCAGUAUGAGCGGGAACCACAGUCUGGUUAUCGACGGGAACCUAGAGUUUCAUAUGAUGCCCAGAACGAGUAUGUACAAGUCCCUGUAAGACCACAGUUGGUUUAG